AGUCUUUCGUCUGUAAUUUUCGGUCCGUGUCCAUAUUUAUGGCGUCUGCUCAGCUAUGUGAGAGCUAGAAGUCAAACGGAAUAUUCAGUUGGCAUUCUGAAGAUGGACUGUUUCAAGGGGAAAUAUUCUUCUCCGUGGGAUUUAUAAUGGCUUUCAGACGGGUCGCGUUUAUAUCCAGUCGCUAAUGUGAACGUGUCCUUCGUCCUCCUACCUACCGCCUGUACUUAGCUAGCCAGCUACGUCAUUGAAAUCCCGCACGUCUUAUCUUAUCCUAUCUCGAAACUUUGUUAUCCUUUUUUGCAAAGAAGUAAAAAUGACACGACGCCGCCGAAUGUUUAGCGUGACAGAAAAAUCUUAGGAUGUCUGCAAAGUUUGACUUUCGUGGAAGUUGCGUGGUGCGCCGCUUUGCGGCUUUCGAUUUGGCGAGGCAAGGGUAGCUGCGCGUCCGCGGAGAAGCAGCGCAGCCCCCCUUUUUCCCGUGUUGCGUGUUUGUUUUAUUACAGCUAACGUUAGCUGUGGCUAGGCUGCGUUUCAACUCACGCCGCUUACCGCCUUGUAGCUGACUGCAAUAUAUAUCUUGAUUCCAUGAGCUGUCUGCUAUCUUUAUCUGUGCUGCCGACACGUACGCUGUCAUAAUCGGCAUCCGUGCGAGCCACACGUAAGUUUGGCAGUCUUAAAACAAUAUUGCCAGCAAGCUACCAGCAGUUUACAAGCUAGAUAGUUUGUCAUCAACGCAGCUAACGAAAGGUAGCGAGUCCUGUUUCUCAGUGGGGCGUGUGAGCCAUUGCAGUAAACACUCUUUGCUCGCUAGCUGGCUAGCUAGAGUAGUCGGCUAUAUGAACAUACCCGGCGGAUGUAAUUGUUGCUAGCCAGCCAGCUGUCUGUGCCGAUCUGCAUCUAGGUGCCAGUAAUAGUAAUUUAUCGCAACUAAUUUUGAAAUCAUAACGAUGCUUUGCAGUUAACUUGGCGAUGUAUUUACAAGCGAUGAAGGUUAAGUCCGGCGUGAUAGCAGCUAGCUGCAUUUGAAUACUCUUUGGGUCGUUGUCAAAUAGCGAUCAGAAGAUAGCUAGUUAGUUUUCUUUAACUGCAGCCUAGUUUUUCUACAUUAAUUCUACAUGCGGACAGUGGACUUGGAAAACGUGCUGGGAACCGUACUAAGUGGAUGCUACUGACUUCAGAAUCCAGUUUGGUGAUAGCUACAGAACUGUCAUCCUCGACAUGACCUAAUUAUUUCUGCUUUCAAAAACAGGAUCAAGAAAUGGAUCAAGGAGGACUGAAAUACAGCAGCAGCCGGGAAGAGAGUUUAUCUUUUGGGAACCCCAGCGGGAGAGAGGAGAGAGGUUUCCAAGGUGAGGCGAGUGGCGCCAUGUCCGCCGCUUCCACUUCGAUCAUGCCCCCGCCCCUUUCCGGAGACAUCUCCAACGGGCUGGGCAAAAUGCCCCCCCAGGGCGAGCUCACCAGCGCCGUGUCGGCCUCCAUGGGACUCUACGUGGAGGAGCCCGACGCCAAGAUGAUGGGGAGCAGCCUGAGGACGGCGAAACCGCAGCAGCAGCAACAGCCACUCGGCCCGUACAUGCUGGGGGAGAACCUCUCCCUCCUGGAAGCCAGCAUCGCGGACCUCAACCGUUCGUCCACCUCCGUGGACCCCCACGUGGGCGGGCCGGGUCCCGCCCCUUUCCGCCUGAAGACAGAGGACUUCUCCCCCAUUGAUAAAGACCGGGCGGAGGUGGAGGACUCGUUCGCGCAGGCCAGCAAGGACACCGACAUGAACCAGAGGCUGUUCGGCGACAACACCAUGGACAUCCUGCAGGACCUGGAGCUGCCGGGCGCCCUGACAGACCUGAAUGAGUUCUACGUCGGGGAUGAGGCCGCGUUCCUCUCCUCCCUGGCUGUGGACGAUGCCUUCAUUGGUGACGUCGGCGCUCUCAAGGAUGCCAAGCCCAGCAUUGGCAUCGGCAACGGCGGCGGCGGCACAAGCUGCACCGGCGUGAACGGCACUGACCAGCAGCCUCUGGGCCCGGCCGGCCCAAUGCCCGUCAUCAAGACGGAGAAGGACCCUUACAUCCAGCUGUGCACCCCGGGGGUGAUCAAGCAGGAGAAGGAGAGCAGGAGCUACUGCCAGAUGAGCAGGGCCGAGCUGCAGAGCCCCCUCCACUCCCCCAUCUCGGUCUGUGGCAUCAGCUCCUCGGGUGGCCAGGGCUACCACUACGGAGUGAACACCUCAUCCGCCGUGGGCUUGCAGCAGCAGGACCAGAAGCCCGUGUUCGGCUUGUACCCUCCGCUCGCCCCCCCAGGGGACGGCUGGGCCAGGGGAAAGGGGUAUGGGGACGCCACGGAAAUGCCGAGAGGGAAUGAGCUCGUCUCCAUCUCCCAGAACUACCCCGCCAGCUACAUCAGCCCCGCAGCCAGACCCGAGGCCAGCGCCUCCGCCUCGGUGGCCCCCGGGAAGCAGGGCGGCCCGGCCCACAAGAUCUGCCUGGUGUGCUCCGACGAGGCCUCGGGCUGCCACUAUGGAGUGCUCACCUGCGGCAGCUGCAAGGUGUUCUUCAAGAGGGCCGUGGAAGGAUGGAGAGCUCGACAAAACACGGAUGGACAACACAAUUAUCUGUGUGCGGGGAGGAACGACUGCAUCAUCGACAAGAUCCGAAGGAAAAACUGCCCGGCCUGCCGCUUCCGCAAGUGUCUCCAGGCCGGGAUGAACCUGGAAGCGAGGAAGACGAAGAAGCUGAUCCGGAUGAAGGCGCAGCAGCCUCCGACCGAGCCUGUCCCGCCCAUGCCGGAGGAGGCUACGCGGGCCCUGCUGCCCAAGUCCAUGCCCCAGCUGAUGCCUACCAUGCUGUCCCUGCUGAAGGCCAUCGAGCCCGAGACCAUGUACGCCGGCUACGACAGCACCAUCCCCGACACCUCCACCCGCCUCAUGACCACCCUCAACAGGCUGGGCGGCCGGCAGGUGGUGUCCGCCGUCAAGUGGGCCAAGGCUUUGCCAGGCUUCAGGAACCUGCACCUGGAUGACCAGAUGACCCUGCUGCAGUGCUCCUGGCUGGUGCUCAUGUCCUUUAGCCUGGGCUGGAGGUCCUUCCAGCAGUGCAACGGGGGAAUGCUCUGCUUCGCCCCCGAUCUCGUCAUCAGCGAGGAGAGGAUGAAGCUGCCCUACAUGAGCGAUCAGUGCGAGCAGAUGCUGAAGAUCUCCAACGAGUUUGUGAGGCUGCAGGUGUCCCACGAGGAGUACCUGUGCAUGAAGGUUCUGCUGCUGCUCAGCACAGUACCAAAGGACGGACUGAAGAGCCAGGCCGUUUUCGAUGAGAUCCGCAUGUCCUACAUCAAGGAGCUGGGCAAGGCCAUCGUCAAGCGCGAGGAGAACUCCAGCCAGAACUGGCAGAGGUUCUACCAGCUCACCAAGCUGCUGGACUCCAUGCAGGAGAUGGUGGGAGGACUCCUGAACUUCUGCUUCUACACCUUUGUGAAUAAGUCCCUGAGCGUGGAGUUCCCCGAGAUGCUGGCGGAGAUCAUCAGCAACCAGUUACCAAAAUUCAAAGCCGGGAGCGUGAAGCCCCUCCUGUUUCAUCAGAAAUGACUGCCUUACAGCAUGAUGCAAUGCCUUAAAUAACUGCCCCUCCCACCCCACCCAAAGUCCCCGUCCCCCUAAUGUCCCCCACCCCCCCAACACCAGCUCGCUCAGAUUUCUCUGGAGGAUCACCCGCAGCAGAGGACGAUUGCUGUGACAGUGCGCUACACGCGCGUCCCCCGGGACCCCCCCAGUGCACCCCCCCUCACGGACACCCAGCGAAUGAGGAGAACCCAGAGCGCAGGACAGGAAAGUCAGAACUUAGCCCUUUGGGAAAACGCUGUCUCUCACAAGAUGCUUCAACACAAACACACGAGGAUAAAAAUUGGCUAGAAAUUCUAUAAUAUAUAAAGAGAAGAAAAAAAUCUAAUAAUAAGCAAAUUGUACUUUUAAAACAGAAGCAGAAUAUUUUAUAUGAUUAGAAUAUUGAUUUUAUGCA